CACGCCCACUAUUAAAGAAAACCAACAAACAGCGGCCAGAAAAACACACAUCGGCGGAUUAAGAGCACGGGCCGCUCCGCGAAGGGUUUAAUAUCAAGUCUCUAUAUCGUGGGAGCUUCUCUUUUUACUGGGAUAAGGAAUCGCUCGUUUUCGGAGAGAUGGCCCAGGAGACCAAUCAAAGCCCCGUGCCCAUGCUCUGUGCCACCGGCUGCGGUUUCUACGGCAACCCUCGGACCAAUGGCAUGUGCUCGGUCUGUUACAAAGAGCAUCUAACGCGGCAAAACAACGGGGGCGUCAGUCCUAUUAGCACAAUGGCAGCUUCCAGCAGCGUCACCAGCAGUCCUACCUCUGAAUCCUCAGCCAUCCAGAUCAUCGAAGCUACACUAAACAACUCCUCAUCUGCUAGCGCUAGUGCUGAGUCACCCAACAGCUCCACCGCCGCUACGGCUGCCCUUCCCGUUACACAACAGAUGACGGAGAUGAGCAUUUCCUGUGAAGACGAAGUGGUCUCGCCUAAAAUAGAAGUUCCUGAACCAGUUGUCACUCAGCCGACGGCGUCCGCCGCACCCCCAAACACAGCUGAAGGUGAAGAGACCAAAACACCCGACGCCCCCAAACCCAAGAAAAACAGAUGCUUCAUGUGCCGCAAGAAGGUCGGCCUGACAGGGUUCGACUGCCGCUGUGGGAAUCUCUUCUGUGGACUCCAUCGCUACUCGGACAAGCACAACUGCCCCUACGACUACAAGGCGGAAGCUGCGGCCAAGAUCCGCAAAGAGAACCCGGUGGUGGUGGCCGACAAGAUCCAGAGAAUAUAAAGCUCUCGCCGUCCACACCUCGACUUUGCGAGAGAUCAUUUACAAGGACUCGCACUUUGACCUGUGAUUCGAAAGACUAGUUUUUUUAAUUACAGUAUGGGAAAAGAAUCUUGUUUCUAAGCCAAUGCAUGAGUGAUCACUUUGUUUCCAUCUUUCUUUUGCUUUCUGUUGUUGGUAUAUGAGCUUCAAGUUAAAACAAAUGGGAAAAAAAAACAAAAUGGAAAAAAAAAAAAAAAAAAGUCUAUAAAAGGUGUGAAUCCAGAGACAUUUGCCUAACGUGUCUGUUUCUGAGUGGAAAACGUGCCGUAACCUGGAAUCUGGUCGUUGUGUUAAAGGCUGACCGUCCGUCGUGAUUGUCAUUAGUUUACUCUGUGAUCGUGUCUCCCGGUCGGACUCUCCGAAGACUGUUACGGCUCUGACCCGAGCGCCGUCGGAGCAGCGGUGCAUGGCUGGCUCAUGUAGCAAAUUGGACGCUCUUCUGUUUCCUUCGGGUCGAACGUUCGGCCCUCCCAUUAUCGAGUCAGCCUUUACGACAUUUAUCAGCCACCUUUUCUGCUUGAGCAUCAGCCUACGUCAGCUGUUGGAGUGAUGCUGGGCUUUCCCUUUCGAAAUUCAUUUUAAACCAUUGACAGACUUUGUGAAAAAGAUGUAAUCCGAUUCGGAUGGUUUCAUGCAGCCAGACCAGAAUGCUUCAUGAUCAGUUUGAGCACCUGCAUCCAUGAUGUUGACAGGGUUGCACAUGGCAACAACACAAAACUGCUUAAUCUUUAUUUUCAAUGAGUUGUAAUGUGACAUCAAUUCAAUUAUGGGCUUGUUGGGUUUUAAGUGGGUGUUUUGCAUGGUUAGUGAAAUGAGUAUUUUACAGUCCAUUUCUUGUUUUGUUUUUUUUUGUUUUUUUUUUUGCGCUCUCUCCAAUUCACUUUUCUCGUGUGUGAUUGAUCUUUUCAGUGGGUGUUGAGUGUUAAACGCAGGUAAGAAAUAAUGGUAUUGUUUAGUGUCAUUUAAUCAGCCAUUUGCGUGUGCUCGGGUGUUUGUGUGUCAGUGAGUAUGUGAGUUAGUCGCCAUCUUUUUCAUCUGAGGCUCAGUCCGUUUCUUGUUUUUUGGGUCUGGCUGCACAGCGCUGUUUUAUUUUAGAGCUUUGUGAGUUUACACCGUAAAACUAACCAUCUGUUCGGAUUUGGUUUUAGUUAUGCAAGUUUGUACAAACCAUCUUUAUUUAUUAUAUGUAUUGCGCAUAUAAUCUUGUUACCCGACAUUACUGCGAAAUUGUAUCAUGUAAAUAAAAUUAUGUACAGAGAUAUCAUUAA